CUUCACUUUUGCGAUGUUAACUUCAGUUGCAGACGUUGAUGGCCUACCAGAGCGAGGCAAAUCUUCCAUCACAUCUCGACCGCUUUUGAACGCUUUGUACCACUCAUAAGCACGAUUUUUGAUAAAGUCGAUUCACCGUAAGCCUUCUGUAACAUUUUCAGUGACUCCGAACACGAUAUUCCAUUGGCAAUGCAAAAUUUAAGACAAACUCUUUGUUCGAUGUUUUUAUUCAUUAUGAAAUUAGCAACACACACUAGAUAUGAUAUAACUAAAAAUAGCACUGUAUUUAAUGUAAACAACAGAUGCAACUCAAACUCCGCGCCAAAAUGGAAAACAGUUGUGCCAAUCUAACAACAACAAAAAAAACAAAAAUUUGAAUUUGGAACCAUAAAUAAAUAAUCCAUUCCCGAUACUUUUCUGACUGAAUGUAUACCACUAAGGGUCUCAGCACACAUAUGGGAUCGGAAAGAGAUCGUAACCGUAACGCCUUUCGCCUCGCUGUCAACCAGGCGUCAACCUACCGUAUGCACGUAACGAAAGCGUAUCAGCAGCGCCUGUACGUCAACUCGGCUACGGCUAGGCGACACCGCGCUUACGCCUCGCCGCCCCCUGGCUGACCUGGUUGGCACCAGAUCAGUUUGAAUCCAAACGUUAAGUGUAGCGCACGGUUAUGUCUUGGUUUACAAUACGUGAGUUGGCUAUCAUAGCCAUAGCACUUGAUGAAGAGGAAAAAGAAAAUAGCAAGAAAAAAAGAAAAAGAUAUUGGGUACACAGUAUGAAUAAAGCAAGGAGUACUGAAGGGGAAUUUCGGACUAUAAAAAAACAUUUGAUGGAUGAUGAAGAGAAAUUUUAUAUUUAUUUUCAUAUGCCGAAAUAUCUCUUUUAUAACAUAUUGCAGUCUAUAGAUGAAUGUAUAAGGAAGAAGAAUACAACAUUCAGAGAAACAAUAUCGCCCGAAGAAAAACUAGCUGUAACGUUAAGGUACUUCAUAACUGGAUCUACAUUUACUAAUUUAUCAUCGAGCUUCCGUUUAGGAGAAUCAACUAUUCGUUUGAUAGUAAUAGAUGUGUGCAAUGCAAUAAUAAAUAAAUUAAUGCCAAUUCAUAUACCUCAACCAACUACAGCCACAUGGCAAGGAAUCGAAGAAGGAUUUAAAAAUAAAUGGAACUUUCCGAAUUGCAUAGGCACCAUUGACGGCAAACAUGUAAAUAUAAUUGCACCUCCCAAUAGUGGAUCGUUGUUUUUUAACUAUAAAAAAACAUUUUCUAUUGUUUUGUUAGCUAUAGUUGAUCCUGAAUACAGAUUCAUAGCGGUUGAUGUAGGAGCCUAUGGAAAAAACAGCGAUGGCGGAAUCUAUUCAUCAUCUACAUUUGGAAAGGCACUUGAAAGAAACACAUUCAAUAUUCCAUGUGACAAACCAUUACCAGGAACUAAUCAUGCAAUGCCACAUGUAUUUGUGGGAGACGAGGCAUUUCCAUUGAAGACAUAUUUAUUAAGACCAUAUCCUCGCUCAAAUACACGGAGACUAUCAGAUCCUGAACGGCAAUAUAAUUACCGCUUAUCACGAGCUAGAAGGGUUGUUGAAAACGCUUUUGGAAUUUUAUAUCAAAAAUUUGCGAUUUACAACAAAAAUAUUAAAUUGCAUCCAAAGUUUGUAGAUAAAGUGGUAUUAACAACUUGCAUUUUACACAAUAUGAUGAGGACAUAUAACAUUGAGAUGAAUUUACAGGAACCGAACAGAACAGAACAGGAAAUUACAGUUGAAUUCGGCGAAGACCGAUUGUUAAGUGAAUUACCAAGUAUUAGUGGUGCCCAUAUGGCUACCGCUUUUAAUGUACGUGAAAAGUUCAAAACAUAUUUUCAAACUUCUACCGGACGAGUUCCAUGGCAGUAGCUUUUAGCUUUAAAUAUUAAUGUUAAUUCUUAAUGGAUAUUCCAGUUAAAUUUUUCAUUAUAAUUAUAUUAAUCACAACUGUUUUAUUUCCCAUACAUACCUACAUACGCGAAAAACAUUAAAUAAAUAAUUAAAUAGGAGUAGGUACUUACCAGAUUGCUUUAAAGUAAUACUUAUUUGUUUCCAAGCCUCGUCCUUUUUUAUAGUAUUGCUGUAUUUAGCAUCACUUAAGUCAUAUAAAUAUGGAUAUUUUCUCACUUCUUCAAUAAGUUUCUCCCUUUGCAUCGUUAUUUUGUGUUUGAAUCGAACUCAAAAUUUUAAAUAAAACAUACGCGCAACACGAAUGAAAUACUCCUUGCGAAUGGCGGCGUCUUUAGCAGGCAAGUCGCGGGAGGGGAAAGGGGAAAGGGUGGACGAAGAGAUGUGAGCUCGGGUACGGAGAGACGUAAGCGCGGGGACGGAGAAACGUAAGCGCGGGGACGAUGAGCCGUAAGCGCGGGAAUUCAA